AUGGUGGCAGAAAAAGAGACCCUAAGCUUAAACAAAUGCCCAGACAAGAUGCCGAAGAGGACCAAGCUGCUGGCCCAACAGGCUCUACCUUUGCACCAGCCGCACUCCCUGGUUUCCGAGGGCUUCACAGUGAAAGCUAUGAUGAAAAACUCGGUCGUGAGAGGUCCCCCCACUGCAGGAGCAUUUAAAGAAAGACCCACAAAGCCCACAGCAUUUCGGAAAUUUUAUGAGCGAGGAGACUUCCCCAUUGCCCUUGAGCACGACUCCAAAGGAAACAAGAUUGCCUGGAAGGUAGAAAUCGAGAAGCUGGAUUACCAUCACUACCUGCCUCUGUUUUUUGAUGGGCUCUGUGAAAUGACAUUUCCCUAUGAGUUCUUUGCUCGUCAAGGAAUCCAUGACAUGCUGGAACACGGGGGCAACAAGAUCCUUCCCGUCAUUCCGCAACUCAUUAUCCCGAUAAAAAAUGCUCUGAACCUCCGAAACCGACAGGUCAUCUGCGUCACGCUCAAAGUUCUCCAGCAUCUGGUUGUGUCGGCGGAGAUGGUGGGAGAAGCGCUGGUACCCUAUUACCGUCAGAUCUUGCCUAUCCUGAACAUCUUCAAGAAUAUGAACGGUGACUAUUCCCUAAUGAGAAUUGAAUGCUGUGGAUCUUUGCUAGAAAGAUGCAACCUGGACCACUUGGGCAGCUCAGAUCCCCCAGAAAGUGUCUCACAAGUAAUUGAGCUGGUGAUGAACUCUGGGGAUGGCAUUGACUACAGCCAGCAGAAGAGGGAGAACAUCGGGGACCUGAUCCAGGAGACUCUGGAGGCCUUCGAACGAUACGGGGGAGAAGACGCUUUCAUCAACAUUAAGUACAUGGUCCCCACCUAUGAGUCGUGCUUACUAAACUAG